GAGUUGGACCAACUGGCCUUACAGCUGACCAGCAUGGGCGCUGUGUCUCCCAAAUCUGGCUCACCGGUCGGUGACUCUCCUAAUGAAUCUGCAGAUGUUGGCGAUCUGCACACGCAUGGAUCUCCAGGUGGACCAGAUGUUUUGAUUAAGCGCUCCGAUGAGCAGCCAUCAAGACGGCAGCAGCACCGUCAGCCUGUUGUGGACUGCAAGUCUGCAGCAAUCAAAGAGACGGAAAAAGAAGAUAAAUCUGGGAAUUGUCAGCGUAACCGAACCCAUCAGCAUCAGAAGCGGCAACAGCGUCAGCAUCAGCAUCCCUACCAACCCAAGUCUCGGCUAGAACAUCCAGCAGCAAGUCAAGAGGAUAAUGCCGAGGCUAGAGAUCAAAAGGAUGUACACGCUAAUACUCACCAUUCUCAUCGAAAUCGUCAUCAUCACCAUAGCCAUCGUGGCUAUCUCCCGCAGCCUCAAGAGGACGAUCAUCGCCAGAUGCAACAGUCCGCUUUGCAUGCUGUCAAAGAAGCACGAGCAAAACCAAUAGCUGCGGCAUCUGAAUCCGCUAACAGGGCACAAAGUAAAAAAUAUAAGGAGCAUUGCCAGUCCCAUGAAAAGCAUCGUCAGCGACACUUUUCCAAGCACAAAAUCAGGCUGCAUCGGACUGGAGGUAAAUCCUACUUUAUUCAAAACUGGUUUCUCCAGCAUUCUUAG